UCGCUGAGUCAGGCAGUUGUCCUGGAGUGCUUUGAAACAACCACCAUCAUCCCUUUGAUGAAAAAAUCUACUGUGUCCUGCUGACCCAUUGUGCUCACUCCUGUCAGCAUGAAAUGCUUGGAGCAGUUGGUAAUGAAAACAAACAGAGCCGCCUUCCUUCCACACUGGAUCCAUUUAGUGAAAUGAAAAUUGAAAGUAAAAGGGAGAAGCAGUGCUGCAGGAGAAGAAGGAGAGAGUGACACACGGGAUGCAAGAUGGCGAACAUUAAAUUCCAGUUACUGGACAUUCUACAAGAGCUGCUGUCAGACGAUCUGAAAAAAUUCCAGUGGCAUCUGAACAAUGGUGUGGAAGAUUUCAAACACAUUCCGAAGAGUCUGAUGGAGAAUGCUGACAUAUACGACACUGUGGACAAGAUGGUGGAGAGUUACAGCCCAAAUGGAGCUGUAGAGAUCACACUUCAAAUCCUGAACAAGAUGAACCAGAACGAGCUGGCUGAGAAACUAAGAACCAACCUCGGAGAACGUAAUGCAGGUCAAGCAAUGUCCGCCAAAGCUCAGCCUGGAAACUCCACAAACAUUGCUGCUCAAGAUGCAUGGAGACAAGCAGAAAGUCAGAACCUCAAAUUAAAUAUCAUAGAUCAAUAUGCAACAUUAUAUGAGGGGACAGCAGCAAAAGGGAAGCACAAUCUUCUGAAUGACAUUUACACAGAGCUGUAUAUAGUGAAGGACUGGAGAGGAGGAGUGAACACAGAUCAUGAGGUGAUUCAAAUUGAAGCCAGAUCAUCGAGACGUGCUGCCACAGAUGCUGCAGUCAAGUUCAGUGAGGUUUUCAGUGGAAGACAACAUGUUAAAAAAGUGCUGACACUGGGAAUAGCUGGAAUUGGGAAAACAGUCUCGGUUCAGAAGUUUGCUCUAGACUGGGCUGAAGGAAAAUCAAAUGAAGAUAUCGAUUUUGUUUUUAUUAUUCCUUUCCGAGAGCUGAAUCUUCUAAAAGAUGAAGAAUACAGCCUUCCUAAACUACUUCUUUACUUCUACCCUGAGCAACAACUCUUAAAAGAAACUGGGCUUUUUGAUGGUGAAUGUAAGUGUGUUUUCAUCUUUGAUGGACUGGAUGAAUUCAGAAGUCCAUUGAAUUUUGACCAAAAGAAAAUGUCAGCAUUAACAAAGAAGGCAAGUGUUAAUGUACUGGUAACAAACCUCAUCACAGGAGCCCUGUUUCCAUCUGCUCGUGUCUGGAUCACCUCCAGGCCUGCAGCUGCAGAUCAGAUCCCCUUAAAUUACAUCCACCUGGUGACUGAAGUACAAGGAUUUGUCACUGACCAGCAGAAGGAGGAUUACUUCAGGAACAGAAUCAGUAAGGAGCAUGAAGCUAACACCAUCAGUCACCAGGAUCAAGCUAACACCAUCAGUGACCAGGAUCAAGCUAACACCAUCAGUGAUCAAGCUAACGACAUCAUCUCACUCAUUAAAGAGUCAAAGACUCUCUACAUCAUGUGCUACAUACCGGUCUUCUGUUGGCUCACAUACACAGUCCUUCAGCAAAUCAUGAAAAAUCGCAAUACAGAAGAACUUAAAUCAUUAACACAAAUGUACACACACUUUCUAACCAUUCAGAUGGAAACAAAAAGCAAAAAGGGUAAUACAACUCCUCAGAAAGAUCCAAAGAACCUGCUGGAGUCCAACAGAACCGUUCUUCUGAAACUGGCUGAACUGGCUUUCAAACAGCUGAUGAAGGGCAAUGUGAUGUUCUAUGAAGAGGACCUGAGAGAGAGCAGCAUUGAUGUCACUGAGGCCUCAGUGUAUUCUGGGAUUUUCACUGAGAUCUUUAGGGAGGAAUGUGUGCUUUACCAGAGGAAGGUCUACUGCUUUGUUCAUCUGAGCUUUCAGGAGUUCCUGGCUGCUCUUUAUGUGUUUCACUGCUACGAGAUCAAAAACAUGGAGGAACUGCAGAUGUUUAAACCACUAAACAGAAAGUGGUCCAAGAAUGUUUCACUGGGUUUUUUUAAUCCAUGGUACGGAAAGUGGUCUGAGAAUGUUCAUCUGGAUGAUCUGCUGGAAGGAGCAGUGAUUAAAGCAGUAAAGAGUCAGAAUGGACACCUGGAUCUUUUCCUCCGUUUCCUGCUGGGCAUCUCAUUAGAGUCCAAUCAGAGACUCCUACAGGGUCUACUGACCCCAACACAGCGCAGCUCAGAGAAAAUCACAGAGUACAUCAAGACACUAAUCAAAGGAGAAGAUAUAAAUUAUCCCAUCUCCACUGAGAGAUCCAUCAAUCUGUUCCUCUGUCUGUCUGAAAUGAAUGACCAGUCUCUCUCCAGAGAGAUUCAGGAGUAUCUAAAAUCAGAUAAACACUCAGAGGAGAAGCUCCCUCCUGGACAGUGUUCAGCACUAGCCUGCAUGCUUCUAAUGUCAGAGGCGGUUCUGGAUGAGCUGGACCUGAUGAAAUACAACACAUCAGAGGAGGGUUAUAGGAGACUGAUCCCAGCUGUGACUGUCUGCAGGAAAGCUCGUCUAUCUGGCUGUAAUCUCACUAAGGACUCCUGUGAAACUCUUAGCUCUGCUCUUCAAUCACCAAAUUCCCCCUUGAAAGAACUGGACCUCAGUAACAAUUACCUGCAGGAUUCAGGAGUGCAGCUGCUCUCUGCUGGACUGAAGAGCUCACACUGUAAACUGGAGAUACUCAGACUAGCUGGCUGUAGUCUCACCAAGGACUCCUGUGAAAUUCUUUGCUCUACUCUUCAAUCAGCAAAGUCCCCCCUGAAAAAAAUAGACCUCAGUAACAAUGACCUGCAGGAUUCAGGAGUGGAGCUGCUCUCUGCUGGACUGAAGAGCUCAGGCUGUACACUGGAAAUUCUCAAACUAGUUGGCUGUAAUCUCACCAAGGACUCCUGUGAAACUCUUUGCUUUGCUCUUCAAUCAGCAAACUCCUCUCUGAAAAAAAUAGACCUCAGUAACAAUUACCUGCAGGAUUCAGGUGUGCAGUUGCUCUCUGCUGGACUGAAGAGUUCACACUGUAAACUGGAGAUACUCAGAAUACCUGGCUGUAAUCUCACCAAGGUCUCCUGUAAAACUCUUUGUUCUGCUCUACAAUCAGCAAACUGUUCCCUGAAAGAACUACAUCUCAGUGACAAUGACCUGCAGGAUUCAGGUGUGCAGCUUCUCUCUGUUGGACUAAGGAGUUCAUGCUGUAAAUUGGAAAUACUCAGAUUGUCUGGUUGUAUGGUUACAAAUGAAGGCUGUUCUUCUCUGGCUUCAGCUCUGAAAUCAAACCCCUCCCAACUGAGAGAAAUUGAUCUGACCUAUAAUCACCCAGGAGAGUCUGGAGUGAAGCUGCUCUCUGAUCUAAUGGAGGACGCACACUUUGCACUGGACACACUCAGGGUGGAUCAUGGAGGGAAGAUCAGGAUGAAACUAGGACUUAAGAAAUAUGCUGUUGAUCUCACUCUGGAUCCAAACACAGCGAACAGAAAUCUCUCUCUGUCUGAGGGGAACAGAAAGGUGGAGAAUGUGAUGAAGGAUCGGCCGUAUCCAGAUCAUCCAGACAGAUUUGUUUCCUGUUAUCAGGUUCUGAGUGUGGAGAGUCUGACUGGACGCUGUUACUGGGAGGUCCAGUGGAUUGGAUUUAGAGCUGUUAUAUCAGUAUCAUACAGAGGAAUCAGGAGGAAAGGACAAAGAAAUGACUGUACGUUUGGAAACAAUAAACACUCCUGGAGUCUGAACUGCUUUAAUAAUAGAUACUUUAAGGUCAGACACAAUAAACAGGAGACUGCUCUACCUGCCCCCCCCUCCCCCUCUAACAGAGUAGGAGUGUAUCUGGACUGGGAGUCCGGCACUCUGUCCUUCUACUCCGUCUCCCCUGACACACACACACUGUUCCACCUACACACUCUCUACACCACAUUCACUGAGCCGCUCUACGCUGGAUUCAGAGUUAUGUUUGGCUCUCUGAAUUUGUGUAAGAUAGAAUAACCUCCUAAAUCUGGGAAGAAAAACAAAAACACCAGAAACACACACAGCUGUGUGUCAGGACAGAUUUUAUGUAAGUAAUAAAACAUAUAAUUACAUUUUUGUCCUCUAGUAAUUUACUAAAUUGUCAAAACAUUAUCUUUAAGAUUGUUACACUGAUUACUAAAAGUUCUAUAUUCUCCUGAGACCUUUUAGCCAGAACUUAAAGAGGAUUAAAGUGGAUGUUAAAAAUUACACGACCAGUCAUUUUACCCAACUGAAUGACAGCAAAACUUAUUUUCCUUGGUCAUAAUAAAACUAGUGAAAGAUUUUUGGACUCUUAUCUCUAAAAUCUUGGGAUAAUUUCAUAUAAUCCAGAGAUAAAAUUUCAAAAACAAACUUAGGCAGUUCAUUAGAUCAGAUUUUCCAGCUCUGAAGUUCCAAAAUUGUAUAAUUUUUCACCAUGUAAGGUCUGAAAAAGUCAUGCAUUCUCUAUCUUCCAUUACACUGCAGAUAUGCUUCGUACAUACACUUCGCCUAGACCCCUAAAGUCUUUCUCCAAAAAUCUGCUGACUGUAUAUAAGUUCCUUGGAGCUUUAAUUUCUGUGCACUUGUCCUAAACAAUGACAGUGAAAAUUAAACAUACUCUUUAAAAAUAUCACAUCAAGGUUUUCACUUUUUAUGUCAUCUAUAAAUCUAUA